AUGUGCCAUCCUCAGACAGAGCAAGUAGCAAAGAAGAUCGAGCUCGAGCGGUUCCCCACACUGCUAGUAGAAAAUAAGUUCGAGUCCCUGGAGUGCCAGUCAACCAUCGACGGCCAAACCGCCGCCACGACCAUGAGCGACACCGUCGUCAUCACCGUCGGCGAGAGGGGCGCCAUCCAAUGGCCUGCCACCCGCAAGGGGCUGCAGACUGGCACACCAUCGGCUGAUGGGAUUGAGAGCGUGAUGUUCACGUACCGAUUCAUGGAGGACCGGCCGGGCAUGUACCACACUUGUGACGACCAACACCCGACCACAAUGUUCACCGACGUGCAGGAAACCGAAGCUGGGUCAUCCCAUUCAGAACACGAUGCAGUCAACGUGCCACACGGAGACGAGGAACAGACCAGAUACGGCUUCCCUCACACCACUGACCGAGAAGUCAUGGCGUACACCCCCGGAGGCAGGGGCCAUGCCGCCCUUGCAAGCUCAGAAGCACAACUCAUGGCUGGUAACUCUGUUAUCUACCGCAAUGACGAAGGCCCGGUCGAGCGGCUCCUUCGAUGGGUUGCUGGUAUAUGCAGAGCCAGGGACCAUAACGUCUAUGCGUGCCCUGAAGCGCAACUCAUGGCCGACUGUUCUGUCAUUCACCUGAAUGACAAAGGCCCGAUUGGGUGGCUCCUCCGGUGAUCCUUCUGCUGUUACGUCCCUUCGAGGAGAUGACCCGUUAAACUUGAGGUUUAGAGGUUGAGAAAAUCCUCAUGUCUCGCGAGGUUCAGGCUUCCCGGCAUCAUGCAUUAAUACUACUCUCUCUCUCUCUCUCUCUCUCUCUCUCUCUCUCUCUCUCUCUCUCUCCUCUUGCAAUAUAAAUAAACAUUAUUCAUUUUCUUUCUUUUGCCGUUGCAGCUUCAUUUGUGCUUUUUUCUGUGCUUGCUUCAUUUGUGCGUUGAGUUUGUAAGUUUUUUCGACUCUAUUAUUUAGUAAUCUAGUGGAAAUGAAUUUGAUUUUCUAGUUGAUCAAAUUAUUGGUCAAUGAAUUUGUA